CAGGUGAGAAGCCGUACAUCUGCACGUGGGAGGGCUGCACGUGGAGGUUUGCCCGGUCGGACGAGCUGACGAGACACUUCCGUAAACACACGGGGGACAAACCGUUCAAGUGCCAGGUGUGUGACCGUGCCUUCUCCCGCUCUGACCACCUGUCCCUGCACAUGAAGCGGCACUGAGGCGGUACUGAAGCGACAUUGAAGCGGUACUGAAGCGAAUUUGUUACGACAUUGUAGCGGUAUUGAAUCGACAUUGAAGUGGCACUGAAGCGCCAUCGCAUCGACUUUGUUACGACAUUGUAGAGGCAUUGAAUCAGCACUGUAGCUGUACUGAAGCGACAUUGAAGCGGUACUGAAGUGACAUUGUAGCGACUUUGUUACGACAUUGUAGCAGCAUUGAAUCAACACUGUAGCAACAUUGAAACGGCAUUGAUGCCGCACUGAAGCGGCAAUGUUGUGGAGGAAUUUUUCCCUGGAUUUCAAUCGAGUUUUGCUGCUGUCCGUAUAGCAGUAGAGUGGAACCCGAUCUUUGUUGUGUACGGCACUCUGGGAGUUUGAUGUCGGUAGAACAUCGGCCUGGAAUCUUUUCCUGUAGAAGCAAUUUUUAAUUUUGCUGAUGGAGAAAAGUUAGCUGUGCCCGCGGCUUUACGCUCGGAAAUAUACGCUGCAGUUGUCUCCUGUUGUUGAGUUGAAGCCAUUAGCUGCUAAACAAUUGCGAUGUGAAACUUCCUGUGAGGUGUCGUGAUGUGAGAUUCGUGGUGAGGUAUAGUGAUGUGAGAUUUGUGGUGAGGUAUAGUGAUGUGAGAUUUAUGGUGGGUGUGGCGAUGUGAAACUACUGAUAGGGUGUAGUGAUUUGGAACUUCGACAUGAAACUUGUGGUGGAUUGUUGUAGCGAUGUGAAACUUGUAGUGGGGUGUAGGAAUGGCUUCUUUUUUUGUUUUUGUCUUUAAUGGCAGAAGGAAAAGAUGAGGCUUUUUUUCUCCCUGUGUCUUCUUCGGUGCCAAGUCUGUGAAGUGGUUGCGGCGCUGUCGUCGCGGUUGUCGCUGGUUCUGCCGUGUCGCUGUGUGCAGAGUUCCAAGGGGAGGCAACCCUGGACUCGGAGAAUGUGUCUACAAUUUUGUUGUGGUUUGUUCGUCGGAACUGCCUACACACACACAGACACACAUUGUCUCAGCCCCUAAGCUCUCGAUUCUGAGGCUUUUUUGGGGAAAAAGGAUCAGGUGAUUGAUUGCCUGGAUAUCUUUGAUCUUCGGCGGUGAAAAGUGACGACUUUGACGCAGGAUGCCAGACCUCGAGCGGGGGUCUCAAGGUCGUACGCGUGCGCGGAUGACAAUGACGUGACAAGAACUGUUUUACACGCUGUAAUAUUUAAUAAGCUAAAAAUAGACUGCAUUGUUUUUUACACGGUCGAAAUUUUUGCUGCUGUUUUAUGCGGCCAAAUGUUCAACACUGUUGACUGGAUGUACUGUUGUGCUUAGUUUUAUGAUUGUUGUUGACGCUUUUACCUCUUUGCUGUGUAGUCCGAGGAACGUUGGGGCGGCCGCUGUCUGGUCCCCGCCGGGAGGCUAAGGGUUAAUGAAACAUUGAUAGAUUUGUAGAUUACAACAACACCUCUUUCCUCUCCCCUGUUCACACUUUUACGUCAGCUGGCUGUGGCAGGCAUCCAGAGAAAACUGUGGUCUGACGUUGAGCUCAAGCAAAGUCUGCAGUCACAUGUUGAACUUUGUGUCUGGAGUCAAAUGUUGAACAUUGUGUCUGCAGUCAAAUGUUGAACAGUCUGUCUGCAGUCAAAUGUUGAAUGUUAUGUCUGCAUGCAGUCAAAUGUUGAACAGUCUGUCUGCAGUAAAAUGUUGAACGUUUUGUGUGCAUGCAUUCAAAUGUUGAACUUUGUGUUUGCAGUCUAAUGUUGAACGUUAUGUCUGCAGUCUAAUGUUGAACGUUAUGUUUGCAGUCAAAUGUUGAACGUUAUGUCUGCAGUCUUUGUGUCAGUCCUGCUGUUUGGUCUGUGGUUUAGCUGGGAAGAAGGGAGCUCAAUGCCUCAGAGAUCCUAGAUAUGUCUGGAUGCUUGUCACAGAUGUGUAGCGUACAGUUUGUGAAAUUUGCACAGCGGCAGAAAAUGCUUGUGACUGCCUGCCAGGAGUUGGUGGUGGAGACAUGAUCUUGUUAGCGGAAGGUCUCUGACUGGUCUUGAUUGUACAUAAGGCUUUCAGAGAAGGGGGAGUCAGAAGGUUCUAUCUGCACUGAAAAUUUAUUGCAGAUGAAAGGUUCUUGCUCUGUCUGGGUGUGCAGUUUGUUCAUGCGCCCGCAAAGCACAGAGCAAACACUACGAGGGUUUGUGUAAACGAGCUAGCCGUACGCUACGCUACAAGGAAACAAGAUGUAUCGGGUGAUGGGUGCACUAAGCUCUUGUGUCUGCCAUGGUUUUCUCUACCAGUUUUGAAAGAUUUCAGUUCGUGCUUUCAUGUACCCUGUUACCCCCACCCCCCGCUCCCCACUCCCCGCGCAGUGAUGCUUCCCAAUAUUGCUCUUCUAUCCAACAAAUUGCUGUGAAGUGGUUUUGCUGACAUUGUGAAUAGUGGCGGCGUAUAUCUCAAUACAUCGCGUUGCAAUAAGGAAUUACUGCAUAGUGUUCACAAAAGACUAUGGUGGUUACAGCUUGUUUGAAACUAAAAUAGUUCUUAUACCCUUCUCUGCUGAAGUUCUCUUGCAGUUUAGGUUUAUUAUAAUAUAUGGAUAGCAGGCUUCAUUUCAUGACUCUGAGAUAAUGAAAAAAAGGGUGGAUUUUUUGUUUUUGUGAAAUUGUGAAAUACUUCCGGGGAAGAAAUACUGAGCAAGCUCAAAGGAGGAAUUAUGGAGAAAUACUUGCUGGCUUUUUUUUUCUCCCAACUUUUCAGUGGGUCUGCAUAGGUACAAAGACUUGCUCGUACUUUCAAUAAAUGCUGCACAGCACAGGUAUUGAAAGUUGUUUGAAGGGAUAGAGCUGUUGUUGUUUUCAAAUCCCUUUAGCAUCGAGCAUUUCACUCUUGGCAGUGAAGGGAUAGAGACAUGAGACUUAUGAUACUUAGUCAAAUAUAGUGGUAGUUGUAGCGAAUGCUGUGAGUGAGACUGGCUCUAAAGUUGCCCCCCCGGUCUGUUUGGGUUCCUCUUCAUUUGGUUCCGUGUAACUUUUUGUACUUUUAAAACAAAAAGCAGAAACAAAUCAAACGGUUUGUUCUUUAUCAACUUUUUUUCUUUUGAGUUUUGAGUCUUCUAUUGAAAGUGAAAAAAACUAACUAAACUAGAACGCAGUCGGAGAGACUGGAGUGAUAUACUGUGAGCGUUUUGUGAUGUUUGAGAUGCGAGCGCAUCGUUCUAUCUAUUGUAAAUAUGUGAUAUACUACGAUAAUAUACAGACAAAGCCAAAUGCACCGGAGAGAAGAAAGAUUUCAUGGGCGUGUCAGCGUCACACGCCCCCAUUUUUGGAACACGUGUGUAGAUUCAACAACUGUGGGUCUUCCGAGCUGGGAGCCCCUGACGUGCAAAUCUGUGAAAUGAUGUGAUACAUGAUAUAUAUAUAUAUAUAUAUAUUAUUAUAUAUAGACGCCGACUUUUUUUUAAAGAAAAAAAAUGUUGAUUUUAUCGUCUUGUAAUUAUUAUAUAUAAAUGCUUGAAGUGUUGCUGAUAAGCGUAGUGAUAUUCGCUUCCAGAGUUCUUCCCCCUGUUCUUCCCUUUUGUUCUUUUAAAAAAAAAAAAGAUGUUCUCCUUCUUUCUUGGUUCUUUUUAAUAAGCAUGAUGGAAUUGUCAUCUCAUUUGCUGACCGACCCUGUGUUUGUUUGAUUGAUUUGCAGAGAUUGAAGGUUUUUAUUUUUGUGUUGUGUUUUGGUUUUUUUCAAUCCCCCCCCCCCCCCCAAGUUAAUUUAGAUGCAUGUUUUCCUUGUGUUCUCCCAAGAGAUAGAUACAGUGUUGGUUGCUUCCUGUAGCUACGUCAAUUGCUGCUGUAAAGAAUUUACUUUACAUUACAUCAUUUUAUUUUUGUCAUGAUUUCACGGUUGGGUUAAGUUUUGUACUGCUUCAUUUGAGACCAGACGGUCCGUAUUUUUUCUUCCUUGAUUGUCUCUUCCAAAAAAAAAAAA